UAUGGCAAUUCAACACAGCUCAGGGUGUUUUGGAUUUUCUUUUGGCAUAACCCACUAUAAUACCGGCAAGAAAUGUCCUCCUUAAGGAAGAUCCAAGACGCCUCUGUCAUAUUCCGCAACCUCAAUGGCAUUAUAAAUGUAUACAAACCACAAGGCAUGAAAGUGAAGCAUGUGAAAGCGGCUAUUCUAAACAACAUUUGCAAAGAUCUGAAUGAACUUCGUGCCAAUAAUGAGCCCCAGUUGCACCAAGUUCCUUUAUUGGAAACAGGCGGUGCUGCAGAUCCACUGCUGCGCAAAGUUCAUUCAUUGAAUUUGGCAGAACAUGUUCUCAGUACAGGACCGCUAUAUGAAAUGGAAGAUAUACGUUGUGCUACUGUAGCUAGCCUGGGUCAGCAUACCAGUGGAGUUUUAUUAUUCGGUAUUAACAAAGGUCUGAAACAGUCCAUGCGUAUACAACGCAAUCGUCCUGUACGUGCCUACCAUGUCACCGGCAAACUGGGUGUAGCCACUGAAAACCAUUUACCCAAUUCUCUUAUCACGCUAAAAGCCAAUUACCGCCAUGUACACCCAGACAGACUGAGCAGCUUAGCGUCCUCCCUGCAAGCCUCGCAUCAACGCAAAAUGUUUGAACUAUGUGGAGUAGAUUUGCAGUCACAGGCCGCCUAUGAAAUCGCCUGCAAAGGCCUUAUAAGGCCGGCAAACAAUACACAACCUGUUAUCUAUGGCAUAAAACUUAUCGACUUUCAACGGCCCCAUUUUACUCUGGAAAUUCAUGCCAUUAAUGAAACUGAGGAUUAUUUAGCAACCCUAAUACAUGAAAUAGGCAUUGAAUUGCGUAGUGUGGCGCAUUGCACAGCGUUGAGAUGCAUACGUCACGGCAAGUUUACUGUGGAGGGUGCUCUCCUAAGGCAAGCAUGGAAUCUGCCAGGUGUUGUGAGAAAUAUGCGCGAACAAAAGCAAAUCCUGGAACAACAUCCUUACCUUUUGAAGCAAAACAGCAUAGAAUUAAGAAACUAGUUUAGUUAGUACGUGUGUGUAAUUAAUUAGUGAAUUAAGUAGGUAGGCUUUUUCCUGUGUAAAUAUAGUAUGUGGGUACGUUUGUGUGUAGCUAGGCAAAAUCGGGA